CACAAAUUAAUCUACUUGUAAUAUCAUGGAGAAGCACAUUUUCUUAUUGAUUCUUCUAUUUCUAGUUCAAUUUUCUGUAUCAUUUGCUUCCUCAAAUGAGACUGACCAACAAGCUCUACUAGCUUUCCAAAAUCUUAUUAAAAGUCCCAGUCAUUUUUUGGCCAAUAAUUGGACCAACAAUACUUCUUUUUGCUCUUGGUUCGGUGUCACUUGCAGUUCAAAAAGACAAAGGGUUGUGACCUUGACUCUUCCUAAUUUGCAACUACAAGGCACAAUUUCCCCGUCUUUGGCCAAUUUGUCCUUCCUCAGUGUUCUCAAUCUCGAGAACAACAGCUUCCACGGUGACAUCCCAUAUGGCCUUGGCCGCUUGCCUCGCUUGCGAGUGAUUGAUAUUCAAAACAAUCAGCUCCACGGAAGUAUACCAACAAGUCUAUUUCAAAACAGGAGAGUUCAAAUCAUUUCAUUGGCUUUCAAUGAACUCAGUGGUGAAAUGUGGAGAGGACCAUGGUAUGUACCGGAACUCAGAGUCUUGGAUCUCAGGAACAAUAGCCUCACGGGUAUGAUCCCUCUUUCUGUUGGAAAUGCCACAAAAUUGCUGAACUUCAGUUUGUCUGGGAAUAGAGUCAGUGGCAACAUUCCAAAGGAGGUCGGUAAUCUGAGCCAACUUGCAGACUUUUCCUUGGCUAAUAAUCAAUUAACAGGUUCUAUUCCCGCAACACUGUUUAAUAUCUCUUCGUUACUUGCCAUACGUUUGCGAAACAAUAGCCUUUCUGGUCCUCUGUUGCUAGAUGAAGGGAAUAUUGUGUCAAAUCUAAAGGUAUUAAGUAUAUCUCACAACCAAAUUUCUGGUUGUAUUCCUUCCAACAUUUGCCUGGUACUCACGGAGCUCAAAAUGUUGUCUUUAGCUUUCAACAACAUAACUGGAGAAAUACCCAGUAAUGUUGGUUGUCUAGCCAAGCUCGAGGAGUUCUAUAUUGGACGUAAUGCAAUAAGUGGGACUAUUCCUGCUUCAUUGGGCAAUAUUUCCACUCUGCAAUAUCUUGACUGUUCUCAGUCUCGCAUAGUGGGCCAAGUUCCUCAAGAAUUAGGGAAGCUAUCACAUUUGAGGCUAUUAAACUUUGAGCAUAAUUAUAAUCUUAUUGGUCAAAUUCCAGAGGCUAUUUUCAACAUAUCUUCUUUAGAAACAAUUGCUUUCAAUUACAACAAUCUUUCGGGGAGAAUUCCAUCCACUACAGGUCUUUAUCUUCCGAGCCUUAAAGGACUUUACCUGGAACACAAUCAGCUGGCAGGGGAAAUUCCAUUGUUCAUAACAAAUGCUUCCAAGCUUGAGGUGCUGUCGCUAGCACAAAAUUUUCUCACAGGAACUAUUCCUGCUAAUUUGGGGAAUCUUCGUAAGCUGCGAUUACUGCUCCUAUAUCAUAAUCAACUUACCAAUGAACCAAGAGAGCGUGAGUUGCGAUUCUUUAAUUCAUUGGCGGACUGUAGGAUGUUGCGAUAUCUACAAGUGGGUUACAAUCCGUUGAAUGGUGUUCUGCCCAAUUCUAUUGGGAAUCUUUCAUCUACUAUUGAAAACUUUGAAAUAGAAAAUACACACAUCGACGGCCUCAUCCCUACAAGUAUAGGCAACAUGAGCGGUCUAAUGACACUAGGCCUUGUAGAAAACAACUUGACAGGGGGUAUUCCUUCUGAUGUUGGUAAACUUAAACAACUUCAAGGGCUGUAUCUACAUAACAAUAAAUUGCAGGGACAUAUUGCCGAGGCAGUAUGCCAUUUAUCUAAUUUGGUUGAAUUAACUCUAGAUGAUAAUGAGCUCACUGGAGUGAUCCCAGAAUGUAUAGGAAAUCUAAGCAUGCUACAAGUGAUUACUUUGAGUUCUAACAAAUUAUCUUCAACGUUUCCUUUGAGCCUUUGGAAGAUGAGUGGUCUUCUCGUUGUAGACGUAUCACAGAAUUCAAUAGAGGGAGAAGUUCCAUUAGAUAUUGGAGGACUGAAAGUCAUUGUAGAACUACAUCUUUCCAGUAACCACUUUUCAGGCAUAAUACCAAGCCAAUUGGGGGACCUCCAAAACUUGAAGUUUCUUGACCUGUCUAACAAUUCAUUUUUAGGCCAAAUUCCAUUAUCCUUUGCCAAGUUGAUAAGCUUAGAAGACUUGGAUUUGUCUUUAAAUGCCUUGUCAGGUACUAUUCCUAAGUCUUUGGAAAAACUCUUGUACCUUAAAGCCAUCAAUGUCUCAUUUAAUGAUUUAGAAGGAGAAAUACCUUAUGGUGGUGUGUUUGCAAAUUCCACUCUGCAAUCAUUUCUCGGGAAUAAAGGUCUUUGUGGAGUGCACAUAGUGGAUAUUCCUGCUUGUGCUAUCAAUAAUCCUGGAAAACAAUCAAAGCUUAAGGAGGCUUUGCUAAAAAUUGUUACUCCAGUGGUUAUUUCAUCCUUUAUGAUACUCUUGUUGAUCUCAAUUUGGAUAAUGAAACAAAAGAAGAAAGGAAAGUCCAAGGAUGUGGAAAAGGUUCCGGAGAUCAGAAGUUAUCAAUUGAUUUCUUAUCAUGAGAUUCAAGGAGCAACAAAUAAUUUUGACGGAUCAAAUUUAAUUGGUGAGGGAAGCUCUGGCUUUGUGUACAAAGGAACAUUAUCUUGUGGAACUGUGGUGGCCAUAAAGGUUCUGGAUUUGGAAAAUGAGAAAGUAUGCAAGAGGUUUGAUACUGAAUGCGAAGUGAUGAGAAAUGUUAGACACAGAAAUCUUGUUCCAGUGAUUACUACUUGUUCUAGUGACUAUAUAAGAGCCUUUGUUCUGGAAUAUAUGUCCAACGGGAGUCUUGAGAAUUGGUUGUACAGUGAAGAUUGCCACUUGAACCUUCUUCAAAGAGUCACUGUAAUGCUUGAUGCAUCUAUGGCAGUUGAAUAUCUACAUCAUGGUCAUGUCACUCCAAUAGUUCAUUGCGACUUAAAGCCAGCCAACGUUCUUUUGGAUGAAGAUAUGGUGGCUCAUGUUAGUGAUUUUGGAAUCUCAAAAAUUUUAGCCAUAAGCAAGUCCAUGGCACAGACAGAGACAUUGGGCACUCUUGGUUACAUUGCACCAGAAUAUGGCUCGGAGGGAAUAGUGUCCACUAGUGGUGAUGUUUAUAGUUACGGCAUCAUGUUGAUGGAGGUUUUGACCAAAAGAAGGCCAACAGAUGAAGAGAUAUGUAAUGAAAAUCUUGACUUGAGGAAAUGGAUCACACAAGCAUUUUCAGGGACUAUUAUAGACGUUGUGGAUGCCAAUCUUUUUUCUGAGGAAGAACAAAUCACUUCUAAAAGUGAAGUCUGCAUUGCGUCCAUGAUAGAAUUGGCUUUAGACUGCACAAAGGAAACGCCAGAAUCAAGAAUAACCAUGAAAGAUGUAGUCAAGAGGCUUAAUAAAAUCAAGAACACAUUUCUGGAAACAUAGAAGUGAUUAGCAUCUCUUCCGCUGGUGUUCUUUUCCGAGCUACAAGUUAAUAUGAUGCUUUUAGUUUACCUGGUUUAUUUAGUAAUGUCGUCGUCGAGUCAUGUACUGUUUGUGCUUCAGAGUGUUGCAUUUCCCUCAUUUUGUGAUUUCAGAUUUGAACCUGUUUCACUUUCUUUAUUCGUAACUAUGUUUUGAAUGCUUGAAUAAACCUGUAUUAAAU